AGAGCCGUCUGCCGGCUCUCUCUGGCGCGCCCGGGCGCCGUGCGCGAUGUAGCGCCGCGCCCCGGCUGCCUUCCGAGGCCCGGCGAGGGCCCCCCGAGGUGCGGCAUGGGCUGCAGCGGCAGCGGCGGCCCCGCGCUGGAUGCCGAGGAGGAGCUCACGCCCGUGCCCUCCCGCUUCUGGGUCCGGUUGCACAGAGGGGCCGAUGACUUGGUGGGCGUCUCCCUCGGGGACGCGGCAUCGGGCGCGGUCCUCGUGUGCGUGAAGGAGGGCGGCAUCGUCGACAAGUGGAGCAGGAGCAACCCCAGCCGCGCCAUCAGGCCGGGGUACAUCAUCGAGGAGAUCAACGGCGUGCGCGGCUACUGGAACCUGCUGGACGUGCUGCGGAACGAGGGGCCCCUCGUCUUCAAGGUCGCCACCGUGCCCCCCGCAUCGGCUGGCCCCGACUGGUUCGAGGAGAUCGCGGCCACGGCGAAGGA